AUGUUUCUCCAGGAGGCGAAAGCUAAGUGUUGGGUUAAACAGCUAACCAUAUCUCUCUCUCUCUCUCUCUCUCUCUCUCUGACGCCCCCCGCGUUUUUUUUUACAUAUCGUCAACGCUUAUUCAUUUUCGUAUCUUCGUUCUUACUCAUCUAUUCCCUUUUUCUCUCUUCUACCCAUCUUUUCUUUCUUUUUUCUUUCCUUUUUAUCUUACUUUUAUUUGUUGUUGUUUUUUCUACAUUAUACAUUUUCACUCUCUUUCUUCUUCUUCUUCUUCUUCUUCUUCUUCUUAAUUUUCUUUUUUUCUGCUCUUCUUUUUCUUCUACAUAUACUUUGAUUUUAUUUCUGUUUUUCCUCUUAAUGUUUUAUCUACUUUGCAAUAUUUUUUCUUUUUCGUCUUUUCAACUCUCUUAUUAUGCCCUGAUUUCAUUUCUAUUUUCUUCUUCUUCUUCUUCUUCUUCUUCUUAUUAUUAUUAUUAUUAUUAUUAUUAUUAUUAUUACCCUCCUCACCACCACCAUCCUUCUUCUUCUUCUUCGCUUUCUGCUACUUCUUUUUCUUCAUCUUCUUUUAUUAUUAUUAUUAUUAUUAUUAUUAUUAUCAUCCUCAUCACCAUCAGCAUUCUUCUUCUUCUUCUUCUGUUUCUUCUGUUUCUACUUCUUCUUCUUCUUCUUCUUCUUCUUAUUAUUAUUAUUAUUAUUAUUAUUAUUAUUAUUAUUAUUUUCUUUGAUUUCUGGCCUUCUUACUCUUUCGUUGCUUUUUAUCUUUCUUUUUUAUAUUGUCUUCUUCCUCUUGGUCUUUAUCUUUCUCUUCGCAGUUCUGAAGUACUCAUCUGCCUUUUAUCAAUUGUUUGUUUUUUCAUUCGUUGUUCUUUUUUUCGUUCUCCCUUCUCUCAUCGCGAUUUUAGAGUUUCCUUUUUUCUUCGUUCGCCUUUCAUUUCCUCGUAUUUACAAUCCAAACAGACGAAAUAA